UAGCUGCACGUUCCACCAGGGUCUUAAUGAGCUGCAGGAGUGUGCAGCUUUCCAGCUAUGUCUCCAAUCAGUUCCUGAGGACAAGAGGAGAAUUUCUAUCAGCAUCUCUGUAUUCUAACACAGGAGAUUCCACAUGAUCAGACCUCCUGCCUGCCUGGAAGAUACUCAGCUCUAGAAUCCUGAAAAUGAAUGAAGUAGAGAGAAGCACCCAAAGAAGCACUGCAGGUUGUGGUGCUGGGGUUAAAACACAGCUGAGUUUAUGUUUGCCAGAGCACCCCGAGACCACCCCACCGGAGAAGCGUAGUUCCCCCUCACCUCGGCUGCCAUUUCAGGUGAAGUUUUUGCUCGUGUGCGUGGUGAUCCCAGGAACUGCUGCAACCUGUGGAACAGCGAGAAAAGAUGCAAAUGCAGCAUUGCUAAGCAACUUUGAGGUCUUCCAGUUACUUACUGAUCUUAAGCAGCAGCGCAAAGAAAGUGGGAAAACCAAGCAGAGCUCUGGUCAGCAGAAUCUGAACACAAUUAUGUAUGAAACACUGAAGUACAUUUCAAAAACACCGUGUAGGUACCAAAGUCCUGAGACUGUGAGAGAUUUCCUCAUAGCAAUGAAAGGCCAUAAGUUGACCAAGGCAGAAAAGCUCCAGUUGCUCAACCACCGUCCUGUGACAGCAGUUGAAAUUCAGUUGAUGGUAGAAGAAAGCGAGGAGAGGCUGACAGAAGAGCAGAUCGAGUCACUUCUCCAGACAGUCACCAGUAUCCUGCCAGGGGAUCCAGAAGAACAACAGAGAGAUUUGGCAAUGGCAACUGAAGACAAAAGUGACCAAGUGUAGGAGGCAUCUUAUACCACAGCUGGGAACAAUUUCAGCAGAAGAGAAUCAGUAUUUUUCUGUUUUUUUGUUUUUUUUUUAAACUUGAUACCAGUUUAAUCUUGCAUUGGGCAUCACUGUAGAAUAUGUUACAAUCUUUUGUAUUACUUAGAGGUGAUGAGGGAACUGAUUGUUUAGAAGAAAGCAUGGAAAAGGACACUAUUGUUUUGGCAUUUUGUUAUAAACGGGGAUGGUAGUAGCUGAGUUUGGAAUGUAGCAGUCUGAGAAAUUAUGGGGCACAGAAUCUGAAGCUUUUGUAUUUUUUCCAUUGCCCACAUAACAGCUGUACAUUUGAAUAGGCUUAUAUACAGCUGGCAAUGUUUUAAUUAUCACAGUGGUACUAUAAUUAUAAUUGCUUUCAUAUGCUUUUGAAUUACCCAACUGGUUUUCAGAACACAGUCUACAAUACAAAGUCAGCUUCUGGAGCUGUCUGUUUGAAGGGACCAGGACACAGAGUAAUGCACAAGAGCUGCUUGGUGUCUGGCCAGAGAAUUUCAAGUAGGCUGUUGGCAUCUUGGAAGUGAGAGGAUCUGUUGGUAGGGUAAGUGUUCUCAGGGAUGUCUGAUAAGUCCAUACUUGAUAAAAGGUCCACAUCAUCAGCUGAAUCAACAUAUUGCCAUGGAGAUCAGCUGAGUCAGUUCACAGCAGUUGAGGCUCUGGACUUGAAUGUUAAGGCUCUUAGUAGUACAAACAGAAGAACAUUUAGGUGUGAGGUGUAUAUUUCGUUCCAAUAUUUAUAUAGAGACAAACUGCAGUGCUGUGAACAUGCUGCUGACCACGGGAUAAAUGAAUGAGUCAGCACUGAAGUGAAGUCCUGGUUUAGAAGAAUGAGAAUCUGGCCUAGUUGAAGCAGAAUUUUUUGUGUACUGAGCUUUUGUCUGACUAACUAUUUCAGGAUCAAUAUGAAAGCAUUGCUGAGUGUGAUAAAUCUUUUGUGUAUGUCUACAUACAUAUACACUAUGUAAUGAGUUACACAUGGCAUGAGUUUGUACUAUGACUGCAGACCAGGCUUCUGUAAUUUUUAUACUAUACUGGUAAUUGAAAUAAAUUUUAAGUACAUCCUGGGAAUUUUGUGGCUUAUAGAAAAGAUGUGAGACCUUGAAUCAAAAUAUAUUUUACUUCCCCCCCUUC